UCAAACUAGGUUUGUAUACAUCAGUGACAAAGUUGAAAGCACAAUGGCGACAUCUUGGUCAACGCGUGAUCACAUGGCGGGUCUGAGGUCAGGUGUCGUUUUCAUCACCUAACACCCAACAAACCAUUGCUACUGUCACUACACGCAAACUAGGCUACUUGAUUGAACAUAACGGGAUGUCACAAAGAAAAGGCCAAAAAACGCAGAGACGUUGAACCUGCUGGUUCACCUGUUGACCAGGUGUGCCGCGGCGCGACGUUGGCGGGUCGAUGAGGCAGCUAGCAUGGAUGUAGCAUAGAUGUUAGCUCGUCGUCUGCUGCAGUGGCACAGCAGCCUUGUCCGUGCCGCGAUGGGAAACAUAGAACCAGCGGAUUUAGUCAAAAUUAGUUGGUGGACCAGAAAUUCAGAGGGUGGCUGUACCUGACCAAUUAUGACAACACUCAAGAACAAGGGACUUCUGGACAGUCCAGUGUGCAAGAUUCCAAUGUGACUCCCAGUAAACAACACAAUAACACAGAGGCCAGUGAUGCUGAGGUGGUGAGAAGGGCACGGGAGGAGGGCCUUGUGAGCGUGGUCUUCCCCGGCACUGCAACUCAGCAAGGCUGCUGCCGCUUCGUCAGCGAGAUCCUGAAGUGCAUUCUCUAUCAGAGGCAGCAGCUACCCAUGACAUAUGACCAGCUGGUGUACUCGCAGAGGAAACAGCAAGCCUCAGUGCAGGAUAAAGACACAGUGGACGGGCGCAAGUGUCAGCAGACCCUUCAGGAGCUGGAGGAGGUGCUGCAGCAGCUGGAGGUGCUGUUUUCCAUCAGCAGGGUGCCCCGCGUGUUACUGCUAAUGGGUGGCUCCCUCGUCCUCCCCAAAGAGAUCUACGAGAUCAACAUGGAGGCUCUGGUCGUGGCCAGUGGAGAUCAAUGUCUGCGGGUAUCCUCCUGCUUAAGGCAGCUCUUCCGCACACUCUUCGUAGCUGAUCUUUUGUCCGACACCAAACCCGUUCGUUUAAUGUCCACCACAGUGUUGGUGCUGGCUCACCGGGAUUGUGGUGUGGGUUGGUUUCGCCCUAAACUACAAUUUAAAGUGCCAACCCGAGUAAAGAACCAAGUCAUUGCUCUGUCUACUGACCCCAGCACCUGUAAGGGACAGAGGGCAGAGGGUUCAGACUGGCAGGAUUAUGUGUGGUUUCAGGCACCCAUGGCUAUCAGGGGCUUCAGCAAGUGAGCCAGAAUGUUGGAAAGAGCGAGGUACAAAGAUUGGAGCGCAGUUUCUGGAGCCCAAAUACUAGAAUUACAUUUUAAUGCUUCAAAUGAAUUUUGAAUUCAACUGUCUACAUUUUAAAAAUUAUGGGUUUCUUUUUUAUAUCUCUGACUAAAAAGUAAAAGUAUGCACAUUUAAACAAUGGUGGGUUUAAGGACACCAGCAGUGUGUUAUCUUUUCUGUAAUACCAAGGGAAUGUGUUCUUGAAGCUUUGUUGUCAGGUGAUUAAAUCUAAGGACAUUUUCUAUUAAUGUUUAUAUUUAUGAAGAAUGUUUUUGCAUUACAGAUCACUAACUUUUUAAAGACAAUAAACACAAAACACACAUAA